GGGGGCGUGGCCAGUGACAUGCUGCGCUGCAAGUGUCCUCUGCUCCCUCUGAGGCGGGGGGUCCUGGGGGGGGUCCCGGGGGGGUCCCCGGGCCCAGGGAGGCCUCCAGGCCGCCCUCCAGGCCGCCCCCUCCGCACCACCGCCCCGCUCAGCUUCGAUAUCUUCCGCGAGCUGGGACCGAGUCUGAGACGACUGGGUGAGACUCUGAAGGGUCAGCUGCCUCAUCUGGGAGGGGGGGGGUGGGGGCUGGACCCCCCCCGGGACCUCCCAGACCCACGCCCCCCCGAAGAAGUCGAUGUGGUGGUGGUGGGGGGCGGCGUGGUGGGCUGGUCGGUGGCGUACUGGCUGAAGGUGCUGGAGGGCUGGCAGCACGGCAUGCGGGUGCUGGUGGUGGAGCGGGACCCCACGUAUUCCCGAGCUUCCACGGUGCUGUCAGUGGGGGGGAUCCGGCAGCAGUUUUCCCUCCUGGAAAAUAUCCGCAUGUCCCGCUUCUCCGCCAGCUUCCUCCGUGACAUCAACGAGCACCUUGGGGUGCCAAACGAGCCCCCCGUUGACAUCCAGUUCCAGCCCUCGGGGUACCUCUUCCUUGCUGCCUCACAGGACGCUGCUGCGUUGGAGGACACCGUCCGGCUCCAGAGGGAGGAAGGCGUGCAGGUGGCCCUGCUGUCCCCCACCCAGCUGAAAGCAAAAUUCCCCUGGAUAGACACAGAGGACGUGGCCGUAGCAUCCUAUGGUCUGGAGGAUGAAGGCUGGUUCGACCCCUGGACCCUCCUUAGUGCUUUCCGGCGCAAAGCCACAUACCUGGGGGUUCAGAGCUGCAGCGGGGAGGUGCGAGGGUUCGUCAUCUCGAAUGAGAACAGGGUACCACUGGUGACAGCAACACCGACAGCACGUAUCAAAUACGUCCAUAUCCACAUGCCGGACAGCUUGGAGUACCAGCCAGUCUCCUGCGCCAUUGUGGUCAACGCCGCUGGCGCCUGGGCUGCGGAGCUGCUGGAGAUGGCCGGGCUACCGAGGGAGCUGCGUGGGUCCCCCCUGCCCAUCAAGCCCAGGAAGAGGUACGUGUACACCUGGCACUGCCCCAAUGGCCCCGGCUUCUCCUGCCCCUUCCUCAUCGACACGUCGGGGGCUUAUUUUCGUCGUGACGGAAUAGCUGGCAACUACCUGGGCGGCAUGAGCCCACCCGAGGAGGAAGAGCCGGAUCCGAGCGAUCUCUCGGUGGAUCAUGAUUUUUUCCAGGAGCAGAUCUGGCCACGGCUGGCUCGGCGGGUCCCGGCCUUCACAUCCCUCCGCGUGCAGGGGUCUUGGGCGGGCUACUACGACUACAAUACCUUCGACCAUAACGGGGUGCUGGGGCCGCACCCCAACUUGGAAAAUCUUUAUUUAGCUGCUGGCUUCAGCGGACACGGGCUGCAGCACGCCCCGGCCACCGGCCGAGCCGUGGCUGAGUUGGUGCUGAAGGGGGGGUACGAGACCCUGGACCUGCAGCGGCUGGGCUGCGGGAGGCUGCUGCGGGGGGAGCCGCUGCGGGAGCACGGGGUGGUCUGAUGGGGGGGGGGGCAC